AUGAAACUCUCAAUCAGCUUUCUCUUUAUCCUUUGUUUGGUGGUGCUCGCAUUCGCGGCGGAACAACCCUCGAAGCAGGUGAUCGUGUCGUACCCAAAGGAUACUCCUGAGUACGUCCUUGAGGAGGCGAAGGAAGCCGUGAGGAAGGCAGUAGGUCUCGCGCCGCCACUUUAGUUGCCGAUGUAAAGCUCACUGCGCGUCCAGGGCGGAGUGAUUCUGUAGGCAGCCUGCCCCUUUGAUCGACGCCUGUCAUGAGCUAACCCAACGACCAGCCACGAAUACAACCUCAUCAAAGGCUUCGCUGCGAAGACCUCCGAAAGUGUCAUGCAGAGUGUGCAAGCAAUGGGUGCGAAGAGCAACGUUCUCAUUGAAGAGGAUAAGACCGUGAGCAUCAACAAGUCGUAG